GAGAACGGUUCCCUUCUCCAUCCAGGAAGCCGAGACUGCGAUCGGAAGUAUUUCGACGAUGACUCAAUGGUCUGUGUGUGCAACAGUACGUAUUGCGACACCCAGGAUCCCGUCCUUCUCCCUCCCUUGGGUCAGUUUGUCGUGUACGAAAGCAGCAAAUCUGGGAAGCGGCUGGAGCGCAGAGAAGGUCAUUUCCAGAACAGAACAACCAAUCCAGAUAUUCUUCUGAUUUUGGAGACGGAUCAGCGGUAUCAAAGAAUAAAAGGAUUUGGGGGCUCCGUCACCGAUGCAGCCGCCAUCAACAUCCUGGCUCUAUCGCCGAACGCCCAGAAAAAUUUACUCCGUUCUUACUUCUCGGAGGAAGGGAUUGAAUACAAUAUUGUGCGUAUGCCCAUGGCGAGUUGUGACUUCUCUGUCCGGCCAUACACCUACGAUGAUUUUCCGUAUGACUACGAGUUGAAGAAUUUCAGCCUGGUUGCAGAAGACCUACUAAUGAAAAUCCCCAUCGUCCAUCGGGCCAAGGCUAUGUCCAAGAGGCCCAUCUCCCUCAUGGCCAGUCCGUGGACGGCUCCGAUUUGGAUGAAGAGCAACGAGGAUUGGAAAGGAAAGGGUUGGCUGAAGGGGCAGGCAGGGGAUUCCAUUCACAAAACCUGGGCUUCCUAUUUUGUCAGGUUCCUCGAUGAAUAUGCCAAGCAGAAUUUAACCUUCUGGGCUAUCACCGCUCAGAACGAACCUUCCUCUGGAUUUGUGAAAAAUUAUCCUUUCCAGACGAUGGGAUUCACCGCGAAAUCACAACGUGAAUUCAUUGCCUUGGAUCUUGGCCCAGCCUUGGCCAAAAGUUCGCACAAGAACAUCCAGUUAAUCACCUUAGAUGACAACCGGAUUCAUCUCCCGAAAUGGGCCAAAGAGGUGUUGAGCAGUGAGAGCCAAGCCUAUCGCUACAUUCACGGCAUCGGCCUCCACUGGUACAUGGACUUCAUCAGCCCCAUCAAGGGGACAGUAGAAGCCACGCAACGCCUCUUCCCUGACUAUUUUCUGAUUGCCACCGAAGCCUGUGCCGGAUCUUUCUUUUGGGAACAGGAUGUUAUCCUCGGCUCCUGGGAUCGAGGCGAGGACUACAGCCAUAGCAUCUUGGAGGUACAAUGUGGG